AUGCUGACGGACUAUUCCGAGAAUAGACGACCCUUUUAUCUGAGAGAAUCGUUUCCGUGGACAGUUGAAUAUGCUAACAAACGUAAUUACGCUGAAGAGCUUCUUCAUAUCUGUGAUCAAUCCGAAAUCCAGAGCUGGAAAAAAGUGGGGAACGCGCUCGAUGUAUCGGAAGCGAGGAAAAUUGCGGAGGGAGUGUAUUCCGACGUUUUUAUUGGCGAGUAUAAGAGGACGACGGCCAUACUGAAGUUGAUCCCAAUUGGUGCUGAGGGACAGAUCGAAAGAUUAUAUGAAAAUUCGUUCCGCGAAGCAGCUGCGAAAGUAGUCGUUCUGAAAGAACUUACGGGACUCAGUGAAGUUGGUGAAGGACAUUCUACGGAAGGAUUUAUUCAGCUCAAUGGAGCGAUGGUUUUAAAAGGACAUUAUCCGUUGUCGAUGAUUUAUGCAUGGAGAGUGUAUAAACAAAGCAUGAGCUCCUACAAAUUAAAUCCAACUCUCUUUUCUCCCAAGCAAAAUUAUCUGCUUCUCGCCGUCGAGUAUGGUGGAAUAACUCUGAGAGAAUAUGAGAUUGCUAACAUACCUCAGGCGUACAGCAUCGUUUAUCAGUUGUUCGCAGCCAUUGCUGUUGCAGAAUUUCGACUUUCAUAUGAACAUCGUAGCCUGAACGUCAAAAAUGUUUUGAUUAAUUGCUGUGACCCUAAUGAUACAAUUAGAACCACGUUCGCCGGUUCUGAAAUCUACAUACAUACACAUGGUGUCAAAGUCAAAAUUAUAAGUCCUUCUUUCUGCAGAAUGACCAAAGAUGUGUCUUCGAUCUAUUUCGAUUGGGAAUCGAAUGAAGAAUUUUUCAUGGGUGAAAACAAUUUAGAAGAGAUUGCCUUUCAAACAAUGCGCAUGAUAAAUAAAAACAGUUGGCGACCAUUUUGCCCUACAUCAAACGUUCUCUGGCUGUCAUACAUCAUUGAUUACAUGCAUGAUCGACUGACGCAAUUGCAAGUCGACAGCCCGGAAAAUCGUGAUGAAUUUCUUGGUCAUUUUAAAUGCUUGCAUUUAUAUGAUAGUGCUUGGAAAUGGACUGCCGCUCAUAUUGAUAAUCAUAUGAAGAAGGAAAUCAUUGAGAGGUUAUUGAAGCAAAGUUCGGUACUAUAUCAGUCUUCUACGGAUACUCAACUUUCUACAAGUUUUUCUGCAUUCAAUAAAGAGGCACAAUCCCUCGACGAUCCAAAAUUUGCACCAUUUACAUGA